AUGCACCUUACGCGAGUGCUAGCAGAGCUGUCGUCCAUGGGUCGCCUCGUGGUGGCCACGGGAGGGGGGGCUGUCACGCGCCCCGUCAACUGGCGCUACCUGUCCCACGGGGUCACGGCGCACCUCCACAUGCCCGAGGAGAGCACCUCACAGCCAGGCUCGGGUCGUGCCUCGUGGAGCUAUCUCUCUCACGGAGUCACAGUGCAUCUCGAUGUGCCCGUGGAGCACCUGCCAGCCAGGCCAGGCUCGAGCUAUCUGUCGCACGGGGUGACAGUGCAUCUGGACGUGCCCGUGGAGUAUCUGGCAGAGCGGGUCGUGGCGGUGGGCACGGCUGUGCGCCCGCUGCUCUCGCAAGCCACGCAGGGGGAGGGCGAGCAGGAGCAGGCAGCGCAUGAGAGCGAUGAGUACCACAAGGUGAGCGAUGAGUACCACAAGGUGAGCGAUGAGUACCACAAGGUGAGCGAUGAGUACCACAAGGUGAGCGAUGAGUACCACAAGGUGAGCGAUGAGUACCACAAGGUGAGCGAUGAGUACCACAAGGUGAGCGAUGAGUACCACAAGGUGAGCGAUGAGUACCACAAGGUGAGCGAUGAGUACCACAAGGUGAGCGAUGAGUACCACAAGGUGAGCGAUGAGUACCACAGGGUGAGCGAUGAGUACCACAAGGUGAGCGAUGAGUACCACAAGGUGAGCGAUGAGUACCACAAGGUGAGCGAUGAGUACCACAAGGUGAGCGAUGAGUACCACAAGGUGAGCGAUGAGUACCACAAGGUGAGCGAUGAGUACCACAAGGUGAGCGAUGAGUACCACAAGGUGAGCGAUGAGUACCACAAGGUGAGCGAUGAGUACCACAAGGUGAGCGAUGAGUACCACAAGGUGAGCGAUGAGUACCACAAGGUGAGCGAUGAGUACCACAAGGUGAGCGAUGAGUACCACAAGGUGAGCGAUGAGUACCACAAGGUGAGCGAUGAGUACCACAAGGUGAGCGAUGAGUACCACAAGGUGAGCGAUGAGUACCACAAGGUGAGCGAUGAGUACCACAAGGUGAGCGAUGAGUACCACAAGGUGAGCGAUGAGUACCACAAGGUGAGCGAUGAGUACCACAAGGUGAGCGAUGAGUACCACAAGGUGAGCGAUGAGUACCACAAGGUGAGCGAUGAGUACCACAAGGUGAGCGAUGAGUACCACAAGGUGAGCGAUGAGUACCACAAGGUGAGCGAUGAGUACCACAAGGUGAGCGAUGAGUACCACAAGGUGAGCGAUGAGUACCACAAGGUGAGCGAUGAGUACCACAAGGUGAGCGAUGAGUACCACAAGGUGAGCGAUGAGUACCACAAGGUGAGCGAUGAGUACCACAAGGUGAGCGAUGAGUACCAGGUGAGCAGUGAGUUACCACAAGGAAGUGGGGGUGGAGAGCAGCAGGCAGCGCAUGAAAGCGAUGAGUACAGCAAGGUGAGCGUUUCUUUCGUGGGGCUCUGCAUGGCUGUGCUGGCACUGGCACUGCAACAGUGGAAGCCUGUUCACCCUGACUGUCUGAGGACGUGGAAGCAAGGGGUCCUGCUACAGACGUUGACACGCCUGGCUGGGCUAUUAGGGGAGCGCAAAGCACUCUACAGCAAUGCCGAUACCACCAUCUCCCUGCAAGGUGCGCUCUCUCCCCAACCUCUCCUCUCUCCAACAACCCCCACUCAACCCCCAGUCUCCCCUACCCUAACCACUUCUCUUAACCCCCUCACCCUUCCCUCCUCUCACCCCUCUGCCGUUCACCCUGCCAUCCAUCACUUGACAUCUGCUCCACCGCUCCACCGCUCCACUGCACACCACCCUUUGCUUCCACCGCACACCACCCCUUUGCUUCCACCGCACACCACCCCUUUGCUUCCACCGCACACCACCCCUUUGCUUCCACCGCACACCACCCCUUUGCUUCCACCGCACACCACCCCUUUGCUUCCACCGCACACCGCCCCUUUGCUUCCACCGCACACCACCCCUUUGCUUCCACCGCACACCGCCCCUUUGCUUCCACCGCACACCGCCCCUUUGCUUCCACCGCACACCACCCCUUUGCUUCCACCGCACACCGCCCCUUUGCUUCCACCGCACACCGCCCCUUUGCUUCCACCGCACACCACCCCUUUGCUUCCACCGCACACCGCCCCUUUGCUUCCACCGCACACCACCCCUUUGCUUCCACCGCACACCGCCCCUUUUCUUCCACCGCACACCACCCCUUUGCUUCCACCGCACACCGCCCCUUUGCUUCCACCGCACACCACCCCUUUGCUUCCACCGCACACCGCCCCUUUGCUUCCACCGCACACCACCCCUUUGCUUCCACCGCACACCGCCCCUUUGCUUCCACCGCACACCACCCCUUUGCUUCCACCGCACACCGCCCCUUUUCUUCCACCGCACACCACCCCUUUGCUUCCACCGCACACCGCCCCUUUGCUUCCACCGCACACCACCCCUUUGCUUCCACCGCACACCGCCCCUUUGCUUCCACCGCACACCACCCCUUUGCUUCCACCGCACACCGCCCCUUUGCUUCCACCGCACACCGCCCCUUUGCUUCCACCGCACACCACCCCUUUGCUUCCACCGCACACCGCCCCUUUGCUUCCACCGCACACCGCCCCUUUGCUUCCACCGCACACCACCCCUUUGCUUCCACCGCACACCGCCCCUUUGCUUCCACCGCACACCACCCCUUUGCUUCCACCGCACACCGCCCCUUUUCUUCCACCGCACACCACCCCUUUGCUUCCACCGCACACCGCCCCUUUGCUUCCACCGCACACCACCCCUUUGCUUCCACCGCACACCGCCCCUUUUCUUCCACCGCACACCACCCCUUUGCUUCCACCGCACACCGCCCCUUUGCUUCCACCGCACACCACCCCUUUGCUUCCACCGCACACCGCCCCUUUGCUUCCACCGCACACCACCCCUUUGCUUCCACCGCACACCGCCCCUUUGCUUCCACCGCACACCGCCCCUUUGCUUCCACCGCACACCACCCCUUUGCUUCCACCGCACACCGCCCCUUUGCUUCCACCGCACACCGCCCCUUUGCUUCCACCGCACACCACCCCUUUGCUUCCACCGCACACCGCCCCUUUGCUUCCACCGCACACCACCCCUUUGCUUCCACCGCACACCGCCCCUUUUCUUCCACCGCACACCACCCCUUUGCUUCCACCGCACACCGCCCCUUUGCUUCCACCGCACACCACCCCUUUGCUUCCACCGCACACCGCCCCUUUUCUUCCACCGCACACCACCCCUUUGCUUCCACCGCACACCGCCCCUUUGCUUCCACCGCACACCACCCCUUUGCUUCCACCGCACACCGCCCCUUUGCUUCCACCGCACACCGCCCCUUUGCUUCCACCGCACACCACCCCUUUGCUUCCACCGCACACCGCCCCUUUGCUUCCACCGCACACCACCCCUUUGCUUCCACCGCACACCGCCCCUUUUCUUCCACCGCACACCACCCCUUUGCUUCCACCGCACACCGCCCCUUUGCUUCCACCGCACACCACCCCUUUGCUUCCACCGCACACCGCCCCUUUUCUUCCACCGCACACCACCCCUUUGCUUCCACCGCACACCGCCCCUUUGCUUCCACCGCACACCACCCCUUUGCUUCCACCGCACACCGCCCCUUUGCUUCCACCGCACACCACCCCUUUGCUUCCACCGCACACCGCCCCUUUGCUUCCACCGCACACCGCCCCUUUGCUUCCACCGCACACCACCCCUUUGCUUCCACCGCACACCGCCCCUUUGCUUCCACCGCACACCGCCCCUUUGCUUCCACCGCACACCACCCCUUUGCUUCCACCGCACACCGCCCCUUUGCUUCCACCGCACACCGCCCCUUUGCUUCCACCGCACACCGCCCCUUUGCUUCCACCGCACACCACCCCUUUGCUUCCACCGCACACCGCCCCUUUUCUUCCACCGCACACCACCCCUUUGCUUCCACCGCACACCGCCCCUUUGCUUCCACCGCACACCACCCCUUUGCUUCCACCGCACACCGCCCCUUUGCUUCCACCGCACACCACCCCUUUGCUUCCACCGCACACCGCCCCUUUGCUUCCACCGCACACCGCCCCUUUGCUUCCACCGCACACCGCCCCUUUGCUUCCACCGCACACCGCCCCUUUGCUUCCACCGCACACCGCCCCUUUGCUUCCACCGCACACCACCCCUUUGCUUCCACCGCACACCGCCCCUUUGCUUCCACCGCACACCACCCCUUUGCUUCCACCGCACACCGCCCCUUUGCUUCCACCGCACACCACCCCUUUGCUUCCACCGCACACCGCCCCUUUGCUUCCACCGCACACCGCCCCUUUGCUUCCACCGCACACCACCCCUUUGCUUCCACCGCACACCGCCCCUUUGCUUCCACCGCACACCGCCCCUUUGCUUCCACCGCACACCACCCCUUUGCUUCCACCGCACACCGCCCCUUGCUGGUCGUUUGUGUUGUUGAUGCAAGUGGCGAUGCGCUCUGCCUCACAGGUGGACCAGGUCACACCCACACACAUCGCUCUUGAGAUCUUGGAGCGGUUGGAGCAGAUGGUGGCGGAGAGGCAGGCCAGAGACGCUGCCCUCAGAGCCAAGGCAGCCUAG